AACAGACAGCCAGUCAGAAAAGGAUUUUCCAUCGCAGAACUUGGACGCGGAUAAUUUUCACUCCCGAUUUCGGUCUCGUGUGAAUUUUCUUGUCAAGAAAACUACAUUUGGAAUUUCUAUUCUUUGUGAAUAUCCGAGGGUAUCGUUGGCUUCCUGUUGCUAAACGGCAUACCAAAAGCUACAGGUGUUUUCAGUGUCAAACGGAACAAACCCGAAUAAAAUUAGAAGGUGAUUCCUUGCUCAAAGUGUGUUUAGAGAAGAGAUUGUAGUUGAUCGUCGUUUAGUGCACUCAACACUAUCUCACCAGCUCAAUUGACGGCAUAGUGUGACCUUGCCAUCCUAACUUGACCAUUUCCAUCAACCAAGUGUGCAAUAUCGUACAACCUGAAUCCAUCAACAAGUUGUCCUGCAUAGAACGUGUCCUGUCGACAACGACGACAACGUUGUCAAACCCACUCUCUCUUCGAUAAACGGUUCAACGUUCUCGAUAAACAUAUCCUUCCAGUAAGUGCAGGGACAGCCGUUGAAAGAAGCAAAAUGGAUAGUGCAGCCGCAAAGCGAGUACAAAUUGAAAAAGCUCAGAAUUUCAUGCGACAAUAUCGUGAUCCUGAAUCUCGAGAAUUGAAAAAAUUAUCAGCAAAUCAAUUCAUGGACGUGUGGAGUCAUUACGACAAGGACGGAAAUGGAUACAUCGAAGGCACAGAGCUGGAUGGAUUUCUGAGAGAAUUCGUUUCGAGUGCAAACGCAACCGAUAUUAGUCCUGAGGCUGUCACCGAUUCAAUGCUCGAGGAGUUAAAAUCCUGCUUCAUGGAAGCAUAUGACGAUAAUCAGGACGGCAAAAUUGAUAUAAGAGAGCUGGCGCAAUUACUACCCAUGGAGGAAAACUUCCUACUACUCUUCCGAUUUGAUAAUCCACUGGAAUCAAGCGUGGAAUUCAUGAAGAUUUGGCGAGAGUACGACACGGACAACAGCGGCUACAUCGAGGCAGACGAGCUGAAAAACUUCCUGCGGGACUUGCUGAAGGAGGCCAAGAAAAUCAACGAUGUCUCAGAGGAUAAGCUUAUCGAGUACACGGAUACAAUGCUGCAAGUAUUCGAUGCAAAUAAGGACGGCCGCUUACAGUUAUCUGAAAUGGCAAAGCUUCUGCCCGUCAAGGAGAACUUCUUAUGUCGACAGGUGUUCAAGGAAGGCAUUGAAGGAGCGGCCAAACUGACAAAGGAAGAUAUUGAGAAAGUGUUUUCAUUGUAUGAUAGGGACAAUAAUGGAACAAUUGAGAAUGAAGAACUACGCGGUUUCCUCAAAGAUCUCCUAGAACUGGUCAAAAAGGACUAUGACGCUCAGGACCUCAUAGAAUUCGAAGAGACAAUUCUUCGUGGGGUAGCAUACGAUCAAGAAGGUAAAAUUUCACGAAAAGAACUUACCAUGAUUCUGUUAGCAUUAGCUAAAAUGCCACCAGAGGAUGAUCAGUAAAUCAUCAAAAUAACAUCUCUACCCUUUUUCUUUGUAAUAUAAGUCCAAGGUAAAUAAAAGUUUAGAUUCUAUAUCUAGAAAACCUUAAAUAACAGAAUGAAACAGAAUACAAUUGAGUAAGAAUAAAUUAAAUAAAUUAAACUUUUUUGAACAAGAAAAAAAAACUUGUAAAUCGAACGAAAUUAAAAUACGCGUCCAUUUGGAAUAAUGUGCUGCUACCAUACCUUAAUAAAAAGGAAAAAAAAUAUUAUUAAAACAGAAUACAAUAAAAAUAAUAUUAUGAAGUAUAAAAUAGAUUUGACAAACACUAUGACCUAUUUCGAUCUUGAAACUUUUCCAAAUUAUAACUGAAUCAGACAUGGUUGAUCUUAAGACUCUUAUUGCAAAUAUGAAUUAGUUCAAACAAUCUUUGUUAAAACAAUAAAUAAUAAACAGGUAGGGGUAUAACACGUGAAUAUUUAUUUGUUAUUUUCAUAUGACAAUAUUGUAUGCAACAGAAAUAAAUAAAAUAAAUAAAUUUUCUAAAAGUUGGGAAACUUAAGGAGAAAUAUCAUAAAUGCAUUGAAUUUCCUGGAAAAAAUACUUAAGAUUUGGUGCUGAAUUUAACAUAGCACCAAGAAAAGUUAUUACUAAUAUUCAAUGGUUUUGCAUGAGGAAGUAUUGGAAAUCUCAAAAAUUUAUAAUUAUAACUAACAACGCUUUUGUGAUUGUCAAACAUUCACUUUUUCAAAAUAAGUAUUCAUGCGUACAUAAAUUCAUAAAUUCUGACCUAAACUUAUCAAGCUCGUAAAACAUGUACGCAUCUAAUACUUGAACUCAAAGCUUUCAAGAAAUAAAUUUAUAAAAAUUAUGAAUAAUUAUAAUAAUUCAGAUGGUUUCCAAUGGGAAGGACGAAGCUCCCCUUUGAUUUGUGUUUUAAGUUAUUAAAAUUAAAUAUAUUUAUUCAUGUUUUAUUAAAAAUACUACGAAAAGAUUUUAUUUAUGAAUAAAAAUGCAUUUGUAUCUGUUACUAAUUUUGAAAUAGAACCACAUUUCCAGAAAAUUAAAACAAUUUAAUAUUAAACCAAAUUAAAAGUGGGUAUUUAUUUAUUUUCCCUUUAGCACUUCUAAUUUAUUUCAACCACAAAACUAUAUUAUCACUUAAUGAUUUCACUGAUUGAAAUAAUAUUUUUUUAGCAACAUAAACUAUUUUUAUAUAUAUUUUUAUAUAUAACAACAAAUUAUCCUAAUUUGUUCCCAUGCUGAUCUAUUUUAAAAAACCUAGACCCAAGGUAUCCAUAAUGAAUGUAUUAAUCCAAAAGAUUACCAUAUAAAAUAUGUUCAUCAUCAAUAAAUUUCUGAGUGAAUAAGACAUCGCAUUGCGUGGGAAAUCAUUUCCCUGGAGUUUGGUGUAAUUAAGGCCACUUAUAGCGAACAAAUUACCAUAAUAUGUAAUUACGAUAAACUCAUACUACGAAAAGAUAAAAAAGAUAAAAAAGAUAUAUUUGGUAAUUAGAAAAUCAAUGAAGUAUCGUUCGCAACAUGUAUUCCAUUAACUAGAUUUGAUUACGUAUUCAUUUUAUGACGCACAUUUUGUGCUGGGAGAAUAUGAAAUUAAUUCUCAAGGGAAAACUGACACAUUUAUUUUUAGAAAUAUGGAAGCUUUGAAGAUUUGAAAUUAAGACAAUUCGUUUUUUAAAGCAAGAAAAAUCUGCUAAUUCGCUUUAUUUAUAUUUUUAUAUUUUUUAUAUAAUCUACAACCAUUUCAAACGAAGUGCUUCUGUCCUUCUCAUUCAAAUUUCUAAGCAGCGCUUCACUCAAUAUUUCAAUCUUCAAGGAUCGCUCUAAAUACUCCCAACAUCUGAUAAACGAGAAAUUUCUGUGAGAAUUUUAUUACCCAAAUAUAAACACUUGCAUUGUUUUCAAUCAAUCAAUAUCUAUGUAUCGAAAUCGAGCAAAAUCCUUCGACCAUAAAAUUUAAUUAUAUUUCACGCUUCGACAUCGAAAAGCAACCAUUAAAUUUAAAAUUUAUGCAGAUUUAUCAAUAUAGGUAUCUACUAUUGCCAAAAGUCAAUGAUUUUUAAGAGCACAUCUUUGAAAAUAAAAAGAUACAAUGAGAUAAUUGAAAAAUGAAUUUCUUGUUCUCAAAAACGAAAAAAAAAAUUUCUUGAAAUAUUCAAGUAACGUAAAUUCGAGAAAAAAAGAUACUCAAAUUGUUGACUGUAUAAUUUUAGCACAAAUUUAAUUACACAAAAGAAAAUAAAACAUAAAAUCCAAACAGAAAUCAGAAGACAAAUUACUCAAUCAUCAAAAAAAAAACAAAAACACAUGUUACUUAUUCAAUGGAACAAUAAAAGUUAAAUUUAAUUAGGUACAAGAAACAAAUAAAAUAACGAAACACAAGUUCACUAAUUAAUCGAAAGUCACUAACGAUAAUAAAACUAAAUAGAAACUACAACAACGUUGAACAAACAACUGAACAUUUACAUGCAUGUUUACAUAAUAUUUAAAAGUAAAUUCAAAGAUACUAAAAUCUUAUACAAAACCCAUAUAGAAAUUUUGUUACAACCGUUGAUUCAACAGCUAGACGAAAAUAAAAAUUAAAUAAAUAUAUUUAUUUAUAUUUUUGAGUAUUUGAGUAGGUUAUUUUUAAUAUUACAUAAAUAUAUAUUGCAUAGAUAUGAACUAUAUUAUAAAAUUAAUUCAAAUUAUAUUUUUUAAAUUUAAACAAAAAAAACAAAAAAUUCUUAAGAAUUGUUCAUAACGAAAGAUACAUUAUAAAACAGAAACAGAAGAAAAAUUGUGUAACAAUGCUAUAUUGAAUCAAUUAAAUGAAUAUAAUAAAUAAAUGAAUAAAUAUCUAUAUUGCAAAAGAUAUCUAAAAAGAUAAAUCUCGUUGUCAUAUUAAAUUUAUAAAAUGAAAAUAAAAUUAAAAAUGAAAUUGUGAACAUUUAUUACUAAUUAUUAUUCGAGAAACAGAGAAAUGUAACGAAAUUGGAUGGUAAAACAAAGUAAAUUGUGAAAUGUAGAAUUUUUUCGGAAAUAAGUGGAAAUAAAAAGUAAAAUUAUGAAAUAACA